AUGAUGAUACAUCACCAAUUAGGUGAGGAAGAAUACCAACAAAUUUUCAAUAUCAUGGUAACCAUCCUUUCUAAUGCAGCAACAAGCGAUGAAAAGACCGUAAAUGUUGUUUGCUCAGUUAUAAGUUUAAUAUACAUUUUCUAUCCACCCUCAUUAUCAAGUGUUUCCCAAUUUGAUGCGAAUAUUUUAGCAAUUAUCUUCAACAAUUUCCUCGAUAACAAAGCGAAUUACUCCGAAAAGGGUAUCACAUACGAUGACCAGAUUAUUGAACUCCAAGAACUCAUUUUCAAUGUUUUAUCAAAUUGCGACUUAUCUCCUAACUUCUUUAAUCUUUUAUCCAACUUUUACAGCAUCUAUGCUACAGACUCUCUUCGUUGCCUCAUUCCUUUACUUCCAAAAGCCCAAGAAGCCGUAGAUUAUCCCGUAUGUUAUUCUGCGAUCACCGCUUUUUACGAGAACCUUCUUAAAACAGAUCCUCUCAACCUUGAUGACUCAGAUGACAAAGAAUUUAUCAAUGUUAUCAUUCAAGUAAUGAUAGCAAUCUCCGAUCGCUUAAUUAACCAGACAACCAUCUCAGAAGUUGAUUUUUCAUUAUCAUCAUUCAUCAUGUCAGAACUUAUCGACUACGAAUUCGACGAAAGCAUCGAUGCCGAGUUUUUACAACUAAUAUUAGCGAAAUACAACGAAUUAAUGCAGAUAAUGGCCCAAGAUCCAGAAGAAUUCUUUGUCCUUAUCGACAGAGGCGCCUGCAAAUACAACAAUUUCAUAAAUAUGGGCGAACAAAAUUAUUUUUGGGAUGAAAUUUACACUUUUCUCAAUACUCUCAUAGAUAUCAUUGACUCUCCGAACACAGAUACAGAAGCGAUAGUCAAUGACGAGUUCUCUAAAUGUUUUACUACGAUUACAACAACAAAUGAAGAAACAGGAAUACAAGGGUUGAAGCAAUACUUCCUCAGUAGGCUUGCUAACCUCACUGAAGGUGUAUUCUUCGCUGUAGCUUCUUGUUCUCCGCAAUUAAUCACUGAAAUUGCGCCAACUUUCGCUGCCCAGCUCCCUGAGCUUUCAGAACAUCCACAUUGUAUCUUGAGAUUCAUCUCUAAGUGCGGAUUUUGCACGCAAAGUAGUUUUGAGUACUAUAUUCAGAUUGUUUACCCGAUUUUCCAGGAAAAUCCUACAAUAGAAAACGCUAUGAUCAUUAAUAACAUGAUCUACGACAUGAAGCAGCAGUUUAUUAACAACAGCCAAGAAGUUGUGAACCCUAUUUUGCUUUGGCUUCCAGAUGUCGAUCCACAAGUCACAGCACCUCUCAUAAACGGCUUGCUGCACUUAUCCCUCAAGCUAGGUCUAGAAGGAGAGGCUCUCACAGACUUUUUUUCUAGUCUACUAGGAAUAGUCUCAUCGGCGGCGGUUUCUAUCGUCGGAGAGGGAAGUCCCUCGAAUUUCAAGUCACUUUUGCGGUACUCCACCACACUUAUGUUCCCAUCUCCUAUGGAGCCAUUGCCUGGGGACAAGACGUACAUUGCUCCCCCGCAGCCAGUUAUUGAUUUCUGCGCUCAGGCGUUUGGGAGAAUUACAGAUGCGUGCAAUUCCUUCUGGCUAGCGGCCAAUGACGAUGUGCAAGUGUAUCUGUGCUUGCUAAUCAUGAGAACAUUGAAAUCUAAUUGGAUAACUGAAGAUGAUAUUCCGAUAAUCACGAAUUGGCUUUCAAACGUAUUAUCUGUUAAUCCAAUUCCAUUGCAUGUUCAUCUAUUAGCACAAGUGUGGAAGCAUCCAAGCGCUCAGACCCCUGCAACAAUUCAAUUCUUAAAUUCUUUGCCAGAAAUGAAUCAACUCCCUGAACUGAUGCAGACAGUGAUGAAAUUCCUUACAGCACUAAGUACGCAGUGGCCACUCUUCUUUUCCGAGAUAAAUCUGUCGAAUCUUUUAGAUCCACUUUCAUCUCCUCUUGAAUCCAUCGUAGAACUCGGUUUAGACCUAGCGCUUAGUGUUGUACAUCGAUCGGAAUCGGAGUAUUUCUCGCAAUCCCUCCUCCAAGUCGUGAGAGACGGAAUUUUCGGAAAUUUCGACCACAAACUUCGUCCGAAAGCAAUUCACGUUCUCCUCGUCAUUGCUAAUGAUAGCCUUGGAGCGAAUGUUGUUCUGGACGCUUUGAUUUCAGUGAUUCCAUUCAGAGAUGAGAACACACAGAUGAUAGAGAAUGUUUUGAAUUCUAUAGACAAUUCUAUAAUGAAUGACAAGCAGGAACUGACUCGCGCAAUCAACGUAAUGUCUGAGUCAAUAGGACGUGUUCUUGCUAAAACUAGUGGUUGUUAA